UGAAUCGGAGGGGACGAUUAGGCAAGCGGGAGGAGAUUGUGCGCACGGGGUAGGACUGAGAACCGCGAAUGGCCUGCGAAAUUUAUAUAUUUCCGGGGUAGGCCUGAGGCCCCCAAUAAUAGGCCAAUUGCCCCGUAAUUACCCAAGGUUAUUGGAAGGUGAGGAGUUCCAGGUGGGAAACUCAAACCAAGUAUAACAUGAAGACCUGACAGAGUCACUCAAUUCAUCAGGACCUGAAUAUCAUCAGCCUUUGAAUGUGGAAAGAUAAUUUUUUUUUCCUGUUCUGUCUGUGAGAAAAGUUUUCCGACAUCAGUGUGACUGAAAAAGCACCGAGACACACGUGCCCAACUGAGUGCACUGAAAGAGCUUUAACCAGUUACACAGCCUGAAAACCAUUACAACAUUCACGGCGGGGAGAAACCAUACACAUGUUCUCUGUGUGGACAAGGAUUCAACUGAUCGCCCAACCUGGAGAGACACAAGGACACCCGUACCAUGGAGAAACCGUGGAAAUGUGGGGACUGUGGGAAGGGAUUCAGAUCCCCGUCUCAGUUGGAAAUUCAUCGACGCACUCACACUGGGGAGAGACCAUUUACCUGCUGUGUGUGUGGUAAAGGAUUUGCUCAGUCAUUUAGCCUAGUGUCACACCAGCGAGUUCACACUGAGGAGAGACCUUUUCCAUGCUCUGACUGUGGGAAGAGCUUUAAGAGCUCUGAAGGUUUAAUUCAACACCAACGAGUUCACACUGGGGAGAAACCAUUCAGUUGCUCUCAGUGUGGGAAGAAGUUCAGACAAAUAUCUCACCUCACUGAACAUCUACGUGUUCACACUGGGGAGAGGCCCUUCACCUGCUCCGUGUGUGGGAAAGGAUUCACUUGUGCUUCGCACCUCACUGAACACAAGCGUGUUCACACAGGGGAGAGACCAUUCAACUGCUCUCAGUGUGGGAAAAAGUUCAGGCAGUAUUCCACCCUCACUGAACAUAAGCGUGUUCACACUGGAGAGAGACCGUUUGUUUGCAACGUUUGUGGGAAAGGAUUUGUUAAAUCAUCACACCUUCUUCGACACCAACGUAUUCACACUGGAGAGAGACCGUUCACUUGCUCCAUGUGUGGGAAGGGAUUCAGCACUUCAUCUCACCUCAGUGAACACCAGGGUAUUCACACCGGGGAGAAACCUUUUACCUGCUCUGUGUGUGGGAAGGGGUUCACAUGCUUAUCCUAUCUCAGAAGACACAAAAUUGUUCACUCUGAUGAGAGACCAUGUAAAUGUUCAAACUGUGGGAAGAGGUUUAAAAGUAGAAAUGAACUGAUGAAACACCAGCGUAUUCACACUGGGGAGAGGCCGUUCAGCUGCUCUGUGUGUGGGAAGGGAUUUACUCAGUCAUCGCAACUCAGCAAACAUCAACUUGUUCACACUGAUAAGAGACCAUUUGAAUGCUCUGACUGUGGGAAGAGUUUUAAAAGCACAGGGAAUCUGCUGAGACACCAACCCACUCAUACUGGAGAGAGGCCAUUCAGCUGCUGUGUGUGUGGCAAGGGGUUUGCUCGGUUAAGCACCCUCAUUUCACAUCAACUGGUCCACAGUGAUAAAGAGACGGUUUGAAUGUUCGGACUGAGAAGAGAUUUAAAAGUGCAAGGGAUCUGCUGUGUUCAUACUGGGGAGAGGCUGUUCACCUCUGUGUGUGUGUAGAAAGGGAUUCACUCAGUCAUUGCAACCCAGUAAACAUCAACUUAUUCACUCUGAUAAGAGACCAUUUAACUGUUUGAACUAUGAGAAGGGCUUUAAAAGCACAAGUAUUAUCUGCUGAAACACCUAUGUACUCACACUGGGGGCAGGCUGUUUACCUGCUCCGUGUGGAAAGUGACUUAAUCUAUCAUUCGCUCUGCUGAGACACCAGCAUAUUCCCAAGUGACUACAGGUUUGAUGCUGCUGUUUUUGCUGCUGUCAAUGACAGCCAGGACUGAACCAUAUUCAUUCUGACUAUUGGUGAAAUCAGUUUGUGUCUAAGCGGAGACUGAUUGAUGUCCUGUUACCAACUGUUCCAUUUUUGGGCCUUUUCUCCUUUGUUAAUGGAAGACUUGUAUUUAUAUAGCGCAUUUUGCAACUUCAGGAUGUCCCAAAGUGCUUUGCAGCCAAUGAAAUUCUUUUGGAAUGUAGUCGCUGUUGUAAUGUAGGAAUUGCAGUAAUCAAACUGUGCACAAGAUCCCACGAAUGGAAAUGUGAAUGACCAGAUAAUGUGUUCAGUGAUGUUUGUUGAGGAAUAAAUAUUUAUCAUUUCAC